CAGCAGUGAGAGCGUGCGAGACUACGACGAAGACGGUUCGCCGAGAGUUACGCACAGAGUAUGUGCUGGCGGCGUAUAACGGCGGACGGACCUAAAACAAAGUGUGCGUGCGUGCGUGUGUGUGUGUUUCUCUUUAUUUUCUUUUGUAACAACAAAUAUUAGUUAAAUCAUAAUUACCUAUAUUGUACAAAUCGAAAACUGCAGAAAUGUGCAGUGUUUUGUGUGAUUGUAAAUUGACUUCGCAUCGUGUCUGGGUGUGAAAAUGACGAAUUUAAAUAUCAGCUAUCAGAAAGCAACACAGUACACAAUUUGCAUCUAGCUUUUGGGAGGAAUCAUUAAAAAAACUCAGCUGAAAAGAAAAUCAAAAUCAACAAUUAUAACAGCAGCGCAUCUGCAGCACAAGCGUAGCUUAAAUUAACUGCAAAUCAAAGUAAAAUUAAAAUCAAAUAACAAAUUAAAAAGCGCAGAAACAAUACGUAAAAAACCAAAAUCAAAAUUUAAAAAAAAAACAAAAACAAAGAAAAGAUGACGGACGUCGCAGAGCUGUUGAACAGCAUGUCGAGCACAUUUAAUAGCGACUGCGCCACUAGCACCGCCGAGGGCGGUACGCUGCUCAAUCUGGACCUGGCCGAGGAUAAGACCGUAAAGUGGCGCAAUUUGGCAAACAAUCAAUUUGCCUGCAAGGAUAAGGACAAAAAACAGAGCAUCAAAAGCGACGAAACGCACGAGAAGCAACAGGAGGCAGCGCAGCAGCAGCAGCAGCAGCCGCCAGAGCCGACAAAGUUGCUCGAUGCGGCCGUCAAAUGCGAGACGGAAACUGCGGACGGCGCCCAGCAGCAACCUCAAGGCCAGAGCCAAAGCCAAAGUCAGGCCAGCGACGUGGACGCUGACGCUGACGCUAACGCUGACGUCGACGUCAACGAAAACAACGACAGCGGCGUCGCCCAUGCAGAAAUAACAGACAAAAUGACGUCGGCAGAGGCAGACGAGACGGAAUCAAAAGCAGCCGCAGCGACGUCGCCGCCUAACGAAACGCCAGCAGCGAUGUCGGCAGCAGCAGCCGACAGUGGAAACGGUAAUAAUAUAGAUGUUGAUGUUGACGUUGGCGCUAGCGUUGCUGAGCGCGCAGCCGAGUCAAGUAAAAGCAAAGACAAUAUUGAAAAAGAAGAAGCACCGGCAGUUAAAUUGGAGCAGGAAGCAUGCAAAACCGCUGUAGAGAACGCAACAACAACUACAACAACAACAACAGCGACUGAGGCUGCGUUGGCAACGUCGUCUGCGCAAAUUUUCGCUGCAGCUGAAGCCGUAUCAACAACAACAACAACAGCAGCAGAAGCAGCAGCCUCAUCUGGUGAAGGCAUUAAGACUGAGACUGAAACGGAAACCACAAAUGCAACAGCCAAAGAGGAAGAAAAAGAGCUUUCGGAGAUGAAACAACAACAACAGCCGUUGCCACAAUCGGUGCAGGAACAAGCAUUGACUGCGCAGCACGAAGUAAGCUCAGACACUGCUGCAACAGCAGCAGCGCUAACGGCAGCGGCAGCUGUAACAACAGAAGCAAUAGCCGAGGUCACAUCGGCUACAGUCGCAGCAUCUUCGGCAACGGUAACGGCAUCCCCAGUGCCUGUCGCUCCACUUGUUGUCAGCUCUGCUGCCGACAACAGCAGCAGCAACACCGCCGACAUUAUUGACGCCGCUGCUGACGCAACAGAUACGAAUGCGGCAGCUGGUACUGCUGCUGCUGCUGCUGCUGCUGCUGACAGCGUCGACAUUGGUGUGCCAAUAGCAACAAUAACAACAGUAACAACAACAACAACAACAGCGCAAGCACAAGUUAAUGCUGAUAAAAACGGACAACCCAUUCCGCCCAGCACGCGUCGCUUGCGUCGUACGCCGCGGCCCACCGACACGCCCACAACGACGCCAACGCCCUUGGCGACUGAAGAGCAGGAGCCGCAGGAACUGGAGCAUGGGCCCGAGCAGCAAGAGCAUGAGCCGGAGCAAGAGGAGGAAACUUCCAGUGAUGUAAAGAAGGAGCCUGAAAAGCUGCCAAGUCCCAAUGAGGGCGAGGCCAGCAGCAGCAUCAGCGAAAAUGCUGCACCGCCGCCCCCUCCUAAGCGCGGUCGUGGACGUGCCAAGAAGAUCAAGCCCGAGGCAGAGCUGCCGCUGGAGGAGGCUCCACUGCAAGAGGAGGCCGCUGCAGUGGAGCGCAAAGUUGGACGCAAACGCAAGUUGCACGAGGAAGAUCCGCUGAUGCCAGACGUGCCCGCGGUGGGCAUCAAGACCGAGCAGCAGGAGGAGGAGGCAGCGGCGUCCACUGGCGAUGGCAAACGAAUGCGACGCAGCGUGCGGCUGGGCAAUCGUGUGGAUCAGGCACAGGCCUGGGCCGAGGAGAUCAAAUCGGAGCCACUGCCGGUCAGUGAGCUGCCCAUGCACCAAGCUGGAACAGGCGCGGGUGCUGCGGGCGGAGCAGCAGCAGCUGUUGACCAACUGCCCAUGGCUGUGGCGUUGGACGAGAAGACGCCCAAGAAGCGCGGACGCAAAGCCAAAAUACCAGUGCCGCCCAAUGUCAGCGGACAGAGCGUGCCACAAGCUGCAGCCGGCGCCGGCAGCAGCAACAGCAGCGGCAACGGAAAUGCUCAUGCCACAAACAUCUCUGCUGCCGCCACGCUGGCGCUGUCCAAUGGCGGCAAGCGUGCUGCCUCGAGCGGCGCGGAGCAACAGCAGCAGCUGCCCAAGCGCUCGAAGCGACGCAUCAAGCCCACCACGAAGAUACUGGAGAACGAGGAGCUGCGCUGCGAGUUCGAGACGAAGCAUAUCGAACGGCUGACCCAGUGGGAGGCGACAUCGACGGCUGCGGCUGAGGCAGACGGCGGGCUGCAGUUCGAGACGCCGCUGCAGGGCUACAGCUCCAAUUCGUCAACGUCGAGGCAGAAGAGCGAUAAGUCGGACGGCGGCAGCGGACUGGAUCAGCAUCCGACUGGCACGAAUGCGGUCAAGAAGCGUCUCUUCAAGACGCAGCGCGACAUUGACAAUUCGGAUGCGGCGCUGCGGGCACAGAGUCGCGUUCGUCCCAGUCCCGAUCUGGACCAGUUUCUGAGCGACAUCAAGUCGGCCAAGCUGAACGCGAAUCGCUCGCCCGAGGAGCGCAAGCUGAACAAGAAGCAGCUGCGCAAGCUAGCCAAGCAGAAGGAGAAGCACCUCAAGCACUUGGGCCUGAAGCGCAACAACAGCGAGGAGGCCAGCGACAACGACAGCUCCAACACGGACAACGAGGAGUUUGUGCCCACCACGCGCGUCCAGGUGGGCAAGCCGAGUGUCACGCUGCGCCUGCGCAACGCCACCAAGGAGGCCGCCAAUCCACCAACAGCUGGUGCCAAGCAGUCGCUGCAGCUGCCACCGCCGCCACCGCCCACAACGCCUGCUGCGUCGUCCAAGCUGACGCGUCGCAUAGGAGCGCGUGGCAACAAUGCCACAGCAACAGCAACAGCAGCAGCAGCAGCAGCAGCGGCAACGGCUGGAGCAGCUGCAACCACAUUGGAGCAUGGCCAGCUGCAGACGUUGAACAGCGCCAUUCUGGCAUCGAAUGAUGCCAGCGAUGCCAUAGCCAGCACCUCGGCAGCCGCCGCCGCAGCAGCAGCAUCCGCUGCCAGUUCGGGGUCUCCUACGGCGGCUGGCGUCAAAUUCAUUUGCCUGUGCCAGCGCAGCUCGCAGUACUACGCGCGCAAUGCGCCGGAUGCGUCCUUCUGCUGUGCCAUCGACAACAUUGACGAGCAGAAGAUCGGCUGCUGCAACGAGCUGUCCGCCGAGGUGCACAAUCUGCUGCGUCCCAGCCAGCGCGUCGGCUACAUGAUACUCUGCGACGAGCACAAGAAGCGCCUGCAGGCGCACAACUGCUGUGCCGGCUGUGGCAUCUUCUGCACUCAGGGCAAAUUCGUGCUUUGCAAGCAGCAGCACUUCUUUCAUCCGGACUGCGCUCAGCGCUUCAUACUCAACAGCCCAUACGAUGCCCAGCAGCAGCAGUCGACGAAUCCGGGCAACUUCAUGAGUCCGCUGCUGGUGCUAAAGUGUCCGCACUGCGGCUUGGACACACCGGAGCGCACCUCCACGGUGACCAUGAAAUGCCAAACAUUGCCCGUCUUUCUGCCCGCACAGAAGGCUAAAAUAAAGCCCGCCAAGUUGACCACCUCAUCGCAUUUGACGCAAUUCGGUAAUGCAGCGGGUGCUGGAUCGAAGUCGGCUACUGGCGCCGGCGGUGGCUCUGCCAAGCCAGCAACAGGCGGAGCUGUGCGCGGCAAGGCGGCCAGUGCCAAAUCGAAUGGCACGCGAGGCAAGGCGAAUGGAGGCAGUGCCUCCGGGCAGGCCUUGAAUGUGAUCAACUUUGAGCAGCUUAUACCGGAGUCUGUGAUGAAUGUGGUGCUGCGCGAUCGGAUUGUGUCGUCCAGUGGACGCGUCACCACCGAAUUCAAUUCCCGGGACAUGUACUACGCCGUGCAGAACGACGAUCUGGAGCGCGUGGCCGAGAUAUUGGCCGCCGACUACAAUGUAAUGACGCGCAUGCGUGAAUUUCUGAAUGGUACCUGCCUGCACCUGGUCGCCCACUCGGGCACCCUGCAAAUGGCCUAUCUGCUGCUGUGCAAGGGCGCCAGCUCCCAGGGCUUUGUCAACAUUGUCGAUAGCGAGCUGCGCACGGCCUUGAUGUGUGCUGUGAUGAACGACAAAUGCGAUAUGCUCAACCUGUUCCUGCAGUGCGGCGCCGAUGUGGCUAUCAAGGGUCCCGACGGCAUGACCAGUCUGCACAUUGCUGCCAAGCUGGGCAACCUGGACGCUGCCCAAUUGAUUGUGGAUAGUUAUCGCGGUUCGCGUAAUAUUACCGACUUUCUGGCCUUCAUCAAUGCCCAAGAUGAGGGUGGCUGGACAGCCAUGGUCUGGGCAGCUGAGCUGGGCCACAAGGACAUUGUUAGUCUGCUGCUUAAUCAUGGCGCCGAUCCGAACAUUUGCGACAAUGACAACAACACAGUGCUGCACUGGUCCACAUUGCGCUAUGAUGGACUGGAGACGAUAACGGUGCUGCUGCAGGCGGGCGCCGAUUGCAAUGUGCAGAAUGUGGAGGGCGACACGCCGCUUCACAUUGCGUGUCGUCAUUCGGUGACUCGGAUGUGCAUCGCUUUGAUAGCGAACGGUGCCGAUCUGAUGAUUAAGAAUAAGGCGGAGCAGCUGCCCUAUGAUUGCAUACCGAACGAGGACUCCGAAUGCGGUCGCACCGUUGGCUUCAACAUGCAGAUGCGCAGCUUUCGUCCGCUGGGACUACGCACUCGGGUCGUCUGCGCAGAUGCCUCGAACGGGCGCGAACUACGUCCCAUACAGGCGGUGCGCAACGAGCUGACCAUGUCCGAGCAUGAGGACGAGGCCGAUGCUUUAAUGUGGCCCGACUUUAAGUACAUUGUCGAUUGCAUCAUACUGCAGAACUCGGUGCAAAUCGAUAGGCGCGUCUCACAGAUGCGCAUCUGCUCGUGCCUGGACAGCUGCAGCAGUGAUCAGUGCCAAUGCAAUGGGGCGUCCUCACAGAACUGGUAUACGGCGGAGGGUCGCUUGAAUUGUGACUUUAACUACGAGGAUCCGGCAGUGAUAUUUGAAUGCAACGAUGUCUGCGGCUGCAAUCAGCUGUCCUGCAAGAAUCGCGUCGUGCAGAAUGGCAUUCGGGUUCCGCUGCAGAUUGUCGAGUGCGAGGAGCCGACAAAGGGCUGGGGCGUUCGUGCCUUGGUCAAUGUGCCCAAGGGCACUUUUGUGGCCAGCUACACGGGCGAAAUACUGACGGCCCAUGAGGCAGAUCGGAGGACCGAUGACAGCUACUACUUUGAUCUGGACAACGGGCAUUGCAUCGACGCCAACUACUACGGCAAUAUAAGUCGUUUCUUCAAUCAUUCGUGCGAGCCAAACAUAUUGCCCGUGCGCGUUUUCUAUGAGCAUCAGGACUAUCGCUUUCCAAAGAUUGCCUUCUUCGCCUGUCGCGACAUCGAAUCCGGCGAGGAGAUCUGCUACGAUUAUGGCGAGAAGUUCUGGCGCGCUGAACAGCGCAGCAGUCAGCGUGGCGGCGCCGGCUGUAAAUGUCUUACAGCCUCCUGCAAAUAUGCACAACAGACACCCUCCAGUUCGAAUGGAUCGCCAGCGGCUGGCGAGGAGGCAACAGAUGAAGGACUCGAGCAGCAGCAGCAGCAGCUGGUCAAGGAGCCAACGCUGUAGUUUGUGACACUUAUGGUAGAGCAGCGGUAACUAAAUGAUACCAAUACCAAAUACACUUCAGCACAAUCACACACACACACACAUACACUCAACCACACACAACAUGGAUAGAGAUGGAAAUAGACACAGACAAGGACGGAGAGGGAAAUAGAUAUAGUGAUAGGAAUGGAAACGGAGACAGUGACUCUCUUGGCCAAGCCAAGUUGCCAAGCAUCACACACAAAAGAGCGCCAUACACAUACAUACGAUAUAUAUGAGUAUAUACUUAUAUAUAUCUAGAAAAUCAAAAUCAGUUCCAAUAGCAACAACAACAAAAAGAUUCAAGAAAGUAUGGCAAUAACUUUAGAAGUUUCUGUUUAAUUCUUAAUUUGUUUUGAUUUUUGUUGCUGUUGGUCCUCGACUGCCAAAUGUUUCAAGAUUUUAAAUUUAGUUACCAUUUAUAUAAGCAUAUAGCUCUAUACAUAUAUACA